AUGGCAGAUUUGAAAGCCUCUAUGCAGGCGGGAAGCUCUUCUUUCAAUAGUUCCAACGACGGCAAUGAACUACGUGAAUUACACAAGAAUGAAGAAUUUGUGGUAUCACACACCGUCGCGAAGAGCUCGGAAGGCCAGCCAGAAACGCGGCUCAGGAAGCAGUUCUCACUCUGGUCAAUCCUGGGGGUCGGAUUCGGGCUUACCAACUCGUGGUUUGGGAUUUCUACCUCCUUGGUUACAGGUAUAUCGUCGGGAGGUCCUAUGAUGAUCGUCUACGGAAUCAUCAUCAUCGCUAUGAUCUCCGUUUGCAUCGCUGUAUCUCUCGGCGAGCUAUCGUCGGCAUAUCCUCAUGCUGGUGGUCAGUUCUGGUGGUCUUUGAAGCUAGCUCCUCCCAAGUACAAGAGAUUUGCCGCCUACAUGUGUGGGUCUCUCGCAUAUGCAGGUUCCGUUUUCACGAGCGCCUCGACUCUUUUAUCUGCGGCCACAAUCCUAGUGGGAAUGUAUGCUCUAGUCCGCCCUGACUUCGUGGUUAAAGAUUGGCAUGUGGUCGUAUGCUUCGAGUGCAUGCAUGUGUUCUUGAUGCUAUUCAAUUGCUACGGUAGAUCCCUAUCUAUCGUAUCUUACAGUGCUCUUUACAUUUCCCUUUUUUCCUUUGUUACUAUUACCAUUACUGUGUUAGCAUGCUCUCGCGGGAACUACAACGAUUCUAAGUUUGUUUUUGCCACAUUUACCAAUGAAACUGGCUGGAAGACUAGUGGCAUCGCCUUUAUCGUAGGCCUAAUCAACCCAGCUUGGUCCUUUUCAUGUUUGGAUUGUGCAACUCACAUGGCUUUCGAAGUCAAAAAACCAGAACGUGUAAUUCCAAUUGCCAUUUUGGGAACUGUGGCCAUCGGAUUUGUAACGUCUUUCUCAUACGUUAUUGCUAUGUUUUUCUCUUUGCAUAACCUUGACGCCAUUAACAACUCAAACACUGGUGCUCCUAUUUUAGAUAUUUAUUUCCAGGCUCUUGGGAAUAAAGCCGGUGCUGUGGUGCUUGGCAGUCUCGUUCUGGUGACCUCUUUUGGCUGUGUGAUUUCUUGUCACACAUGGCAAGCAAGACUGUGUUGGUCUUUUGCAAGAGACGAGGGUCUACCAUUCUCUCGUUAUUGGGCAAGGAUCGACCCUCAGCUCGGUAUUCCUUUAAAUGCGCAUUUGAUUUCCAGUUUUUUCGUUAGUUUAUUGGGCGUUCUUUACUUGGCUUCCACUACCGCAUUCAACUCAUUGAUCACUGGGUGCAUUAUGUUUUUACUGCUAUCCUACAUCAUUCCCGUCAUCUGCCUGUUGAUCAAAAAGAGGGAUAUCAAACACGGUCCAUUCUGGCUCGGAAAGUUUGGCCUCUUCAGUAAUAUUGUGCUAUUGGGAUGGACUUUGUUUUCUUUGGUUUUUUUCUGUUUCCCGUUCCAGAUGCCUGUUUCGAAGAACAACAUGAACUAUGCUUCAGUUGUUAUUGUUGGAUGGUUGCUCUUCAUUUUAAUGUAUUGGGCUUUGAAGGGUCGCCACGUUUUUCACGUUGUCGAGGAAGAAGAAUUCGGUGAGACUGAUCCAUACCUCAUGGAGUAG